AUGCCAUCACUCUUUUUAAAGCUCGUAGUUUGUUUUCUCCUUUUCCUCUCCUCGUCCCUCCUGCUUUCCCCCUUCUCCUUUCCCCGACCCAUUUUAUCUUCCCCUUUCCUCCGUUGCCUUCCCUCUUUCCCCUUCCCUCCUUCCCCGGGUCUCCCUCGCCUCCCACCUGGCAGCCUCGUGGCAUCGCUGGAGCUCGACUCGCCGUUCGUCCGGCGCCCCAUCAUCUACCCACAUUCCACUGGCACCCCCCUCCCUCCCAUCCACUCCUUCGCUCUCCUCAUCACUGCCUCGAAACUAAACCCCCUCACUUGUUGCUCCUCCCUCACCUCCCUCACACUCUGGAACCCCCUUCCCUCCACCCUCUCCUCCCUCGCCUCCUCCUCCUCCUCCUCCUCCUCUGUCCGCGCCUCCCUCAAGUCCCUCACCCUGCACUCCCCAAGCUCCAGUCCUGCCUCGCACCCCUCGCGUCCUUCCCUCACCUCGCCUCUCUCGCCUUCCUCGCCUGCCUCCAUCGACCCUUUCGACCUGCACGCCCCCCCACGCCCCUCGCAGCGCUGGUUGAAGCCCCCGGCUCUCGCCUCUCUCGCCCUCCACGGCACCACCAACCACCUCUUCAGCGCCCCGCCCUUCCGCUCUCCUCCUCCUCCUCUCCUCGCCCCGCCUGCACACGCUCGAACCUCUCAGGGCUGCCGUCCUUCCGCCCUGGCAUGCUGGCCCCCUGCAGUGGCCUGCACUCCCUUGCGCUGA